GUGCGGCGGGGGCGGGGCCGCGGCGACAGCGGCGGCACGGGGUGAAAUUUCUGGAAGGUGCGGCCGGAGCGGGGCCGGGAUCGGGAUCAGGGUCGGGAUCGGCAGCAGGGUCGGGCCGGGGGCCGCGGGCGGUGACGGCCCCCAGCGCCGCCGCCAUGAACCACAAGAGCAAGAAGCGGAUCCGUGAGGCGAAGCGCAGCGCCCGGCCCGAGCUGAAGGACUCGCUGGACUGGACCCGUCACAACUACUGCGAGACCUUCCCCCUCAGCCCCACCGCCUGCAAGGAUAACGUGGAGAGGGCCGAUGCACUCCAGUUAACAGUGGAGGAGUUUGUUGAGCGCUAUGAGAAGCCUUACAAGCCCGUGGUGCUGCUGAACGCUCAGGUGGGCUGGUCUGCCCAGGAGAAGUGGACGCUGGAGCGGCUCAAACGCAAGUACAGGAACCAGAAGUUCAAAUGUGGGGAGGACAAUGAUGGUUACUCCGUGAAGAUGAAGAUGAAAUAUUACAUCGAGUACAUGGAAACCACACGUGAUGACAGCCCCCUGUACAUCUUUGACAGCAGCUAUGGAGAGCAUCCCAAGCGAAGGAAACUCCUGGAGGACUACAAGGUCCCCAAAUUCUUCACUGAUGAUUUGUUUCAGUAUGCAGGGGAGAAACGAAGGCCACCCUACAGGUGGUUUGUGAUGGGCCCACCUCGUUCUGGAACAGGAAUUCACAUUGAUCCCUUGGGCACCAGUGCCUGGAAUGCCUUAGUGCAGGGCCACAAGCGUUGGUGCCUGUUCCCAACCAGCACCCCCAGAGAGCUGAUCAAGGUGACCCGGGAGGAGGGGGGCAACCAGCAGGACGAGGCCAUCACCUGGUUCAAUGUCAUCUAUCCUCGGACACAGCUUCCCACCUGGCCCCCCGAGUUCAAACCCCUGGAAGUCUUACAGAAACCAGGAGAGACAGUCUUCGUGCCAGGUGGCUGGUGGCACGUAGUCCUCAACCUUGACACAACUAUUGCCAUCACACAAAACUUUGCCAGCUGUACCAACUUCCCAGUGGUGUGGCACAAGACAGUGAGAGGGAGACCCAAACUGUCACGGAAAUGGUACAGGAUCCUAAAGCAGGAGCAUCCUGAAUUGGCAGCCUUGGCUGAUUCAGUUGACCUGCAGGAAUCUACUGGUAUUGCUUCUGACAGUUCUAGUGAUUCUUCCAGUUCAUCAAGUUCCAGCUCCUCAGACUCUGAUUCAGAGUGUGACUCUGGCUCUGAGACUGAGGGGACGAUGCACCGCAGGAAGAAGCGGAGGACGUGCGGGAUGAUGGGCAACGGGGACACCACUUCCCAGGACGACUGCGUGAGCAAAGAGCGCAGCUCCUCCAGGAUUAGGGAAUCUUGUGGAGGCCGCAGCUACCCCUGAGGGAUAACACCACCUACCCAGAGGCAGCUGCUGAUGGAAGCUCUGUUAGCAGCCAGCCAGCUCUGUCCUACUCCCUCCUGCUUCUGUUUCUCACACUCCUUAAGUUUUUGUUACUCUUCCUCGAUCCAGACAUCUUCGUUUCGUGCUGU